GUCUUUUCAUAAACAGUUGCCAUAGUAAUUAAAUUUUGGCAUUAUCAUUAAAUUUUUGUGUCAAAAUUAUAUUGUACCAACUUUACGUGUGAAACCAUGAGCUACAUAAAUAAACAGCACACAAGAAACAUAAAUGAAUCAAAGAAAACACUGCUUGAUCCGACAAAAUGUGUAAAUCCAUCCCGUGCCUUAAAGACCUCUAUGGAAUUCAUUUCAAAAAUUAAAAAUUACAUGUUGUCCACAUCGCCUAGAAUACAGUCCAAUGUCAAGUAUGAUUUAGUUGGCCCAAAUAACCCGUACAGACAUAUUUUGGGCAGUACAUCAAACGUCAGGAAUAAAUUUGGACACAGUCUUAUAUACAAGAGGAAUUCGUUCUAUUUCAAGCACAUCCGCCAAUUAAACACGUCCACUCACGCUUAUGGGAAAAAAGUCAAUAUAAGGGGAAGUAUCCAAACCAGUAAAGCAAUGAGAGAUAGGUUUAUACCCCCGAAUAAAAUUCCUGACUUUGGAAAGCCCCAAAAGCAGUUGGACGAGAGAUUUACAGUUACUCCGCAUGCAAUAUCUCUCAAACCGAAAAAGAAAGGUUUUCCCGAUCCUUCUAUCAUGAAAGCAUGGCAAAGAAGCACUAUAGCUGCGAAAGCGUUACCACAACAGCGGCCUAAAGUUCCCCUGAGUUUUACACAAAAAGUUGUCAUGAAAAAAGAAAUAGAACAGAUCAGACAAAGGAAAAUACGAAGGAGGUUGACACAGGAGGAUCUCGUCCCACAAAUGUUUCCGAGAACAUCGUUACAGAUGAGAAAGUCCUUCUUGCCCCUUGAACCAUGCAAGCGUGUCGAUAUGGCUGAAAGAAAGCAAGAAAGGGUUAUGAAAUUGAACGAACCCCAGCAUACUGGGAUAUUCAGCACGAUGAAGAAUUUUUUAAAAACAACAUUCAAGCGUUAUUAAAACAAGCACCUGCCAGAACAAGCAUGAAGGAUUCAUGUUCACGUUGUUACCUGUAUACAAGAUAAAGUUAAACACAUGAUAAAAACAGAACGUGCACAACAUUAUUGGUGUUUUUUAAUAUAAUGUGGAUGGAAAAAAAGACAUUGGUGUUAUAAAGGACAAAAAUUAUGUAAAAAUAUUCUGAUAUCAUUCGCAUCUAAAUAAUGAUUAUGAUAUUACCACACUGAAAAAUUAACACACUACUGUUCAUACUUGGCAGCAUAAACAGAAGCAGACUUGUUAAUAUUUGAUCAUUUAUAAAAGAAUGCAAUAAUUGAGUGUGCUCAACUGACAUCCACCCAAGAAUACAAGGGCCGCCCAUUUACUUAAAAUAAGGAAGAAUUAAACCAUAAUGUUAUUAUUGUAUUGUUGAUAGAAAAACUACCUACUAUUGUUCUCAUUAAUUUUCUGUCCUGAAAUGUAGUUUAUUGUGUGUACAAGAUGUCCUUAAAGUCUGAAUAAACAAUGCGCCAUAAUUUGUUGCUAACCACUACAAUUGAACACUGGGGAUAGGACAAUGAACUGUCAACACUACUCAUAAUAAAUUGACUUAAAUAUAAAUACGUCAUUCAGUCA